AUGGGUCGUCGUACUUUACAAUCCACAGAUGAUUUGCUCCAGUCUAAGUUGAAGUCUAUUCUCAAUCAUUCUAUCUCUAAUCACGUAGAUGCUAACAAGUCACUUAAAUCCUACACCAACUUCGUUCAAAAUCUCGAUAUUAAUGAUAAGAAGACUCGGGCGAUAGUAGACGAUCUGAUUAAGCACACACUUCAGUUAUCAUCAUCACCUGCAAGAUCACGAACUAGCAUUUUGCCCUUCUUACGCGCUGAAAACUCACCAUAUCCCAGUGAGGAGGUCUACACCGGAGAUGACUAUCCGUUUAUGGAAGUAUUCGAAACGCGAGGCGAGCAGGCUCACCUCUCACACACGCGCUCAUCUCUUAGCAGACACCCUCAUUCUCGUCUAGGUCGUGGUCGUCCUAUCAGAACUUCUAGCACUCGUUUUGAGGAGAAUCUAGAUGAGAUUGAUGAUUUUAUCUCCCAACAUAAUGAGAGUAACAAUAGGAAUAUCCGUCGGAGGACUUCCGAACAGCUGCUCACUAGCAAUUCGUAA